AUGGCCAGGGAUAUUCUCGUCGUGGGGAUUUCCGGUCCAUCCUCAAGCGGCAAGACAACGCUUGCACGGCUUUUACGAACCGCUUUCACGCCAACGCAAGGGUCAAAUAUCAAUAUUAAGACUCUACUUGUUCACGAAGAUGACUUCUACAAGGCUGAUGACAGGAUUCCAAUCACAACUACGUCCUCGGGCAAAUUGGUCCAGGACUGGGAUACAGUGGAAGCUUUUGAUAUAAAGCAAUUUGUUUCCUGUCUAUCUCACCUUCGUGAAACCGGCGAAUUUCCUCCCAAGUUGAAAAGCAAGGAGGACUUGAAUGAUGCUACGGAUUCUGGGGUUCAUGAAGCCACGAUACGUGCAUUACAAGAGCGCAUAAUUCAACAACUACAGCGGCACAGGCUAGAGGAAAAAGAGCUCAACUUAACAGUUGUGUUUGUGGAUGGUUUUCUGUUAUAUGCUCCCCCGAAUGAUCCUGCGCACCCAUUACGGCCUGUCCAUGACCAGAUUGACCUCCCUAUCUUCUUGCCGGUGACAUACCCACUGCUCAAACAACGCCGAGAGGGAAGAACAGGAUACGUUACCAUCGGGCCUGCACCAACUCCUGUGCUCAGAGAGGAAGAUAACUCGCAGGAUAAGCCAGGAGACGAGGAGGAUGAAGAUAGCAAUGGAAAGGAUGAUGCUCCCGUUAACUUCUGGACGGAUCCCCCGGGCUAUGUUGAUGAUAUCGUUUGGCCUCGAUAUAUCUCGAAUUGUUCAUGGCUCUUGCUACCAGAGUCUACCUCAGAUGAAAAUAUGGAAUUUGAUAAGAUGAAGGAACUCGUCGGAGAUGGAGCUUUUGUCAGAGAGGACCUAGGUAUCGUUGUUGCUCCCGAUAAAGGGAAGGGUUCCAUGUCUCGCUUGUUAGACUGGGCAGUGGAUUUGAUAUUGAACAAAGUUAAGGAGAUUAAGGAAAUAGAGAAGUGA